AUGUCGUCUACAGAAAAGAAAAACACUACAGAGCCAGUCGACAAAGAAGCCGUCCGCAAGCUGAUCGACGAGCUCGAAGGCAAACUCAAAUCUCUGUACACACUAAGCGAUGAGGUCAACAGAGGUAUUCUCGAGAGCAAAGAUGCGCUCAAAAGCCUCCGCGAGAAGCGUGUCAAGCUCAUCACGGCGCGACUAGACCGGAUCUUCCAGCAGUGGAAUAUCGGGCCUCUGACUAGCAACCAUCAACCGUCCGGGUCUUGGUCAGGUUCCAGGAUCGAGCUUGGCUCAGACUCAAACUGGGAAUAA